AUAAAAAGUUGGUUGUUAUUAUGUGGUUAAAUUUGUCCUAGCUUUGUUGCCGUAUUUGGUCGUGGUUACCGCAAGUCGUCAGUUUGAUGUCGGAGGGGAACAUGUCUGUAACUGGAGGUGGUAAAAGAGGAUUUUAUUUCAACACAGUUCUGUCGCUGGCCCGCUCGUUAGCCGUCCAUUGUCCUGCACCACUCGAAAAGGUCCAAAAGCUACAAUGUAUGUGUCCAGUGGAGGUGCGGGGUGUGUUCAGUUUAGAUGUGCGUCGCAGAGAUGCUGUUAUUGCACUGGCUGUGUUUCUAGUGGAGUCUGGCUUACAGCACAAAGACAUGCUUGUUUCCUAUUUGCUGAGCCUUUUGCGAGGGUUACCACGAGUACAAUGGAUCGAGGAAAGCUUGGGAAAGAAAGGAAAGGAAUUUCUCCCAGUUGCAGAAAACUUCAGCUUCUGUUUAGUGACUCUUUUAGCAGAUGUGGCCCAACAAGACCAGGACUCCCGGCUAGAGAUCUUGAGCACUAUAUUGGAUGUUAUGCAGAGUCUGCAUGACAUGUGCCAAACCCCUGAUAACCAUGACAAAGUUUACCUGUGCAGGUAUGUUGUACCCAGCCUGCUUGGCAUGACUCGAGCUUUUGGUCGCUAUAGCAACACAGAGGAGGCGCUCUUGUCUAAGUUGUUUCCCAGAGAUUUGCCUCAGGCCCUGUGUGUCACAGAGGAAUCAGAAGGUGUUCGACGCAGAUCGUUCAACGAUUUCCGUUCCAUUCUGCCAUCGUCACUGAUCACAGUGUGCCAGGGUGACACCCUGCGCAGACGCCCGGGCACCAACCUAGAUUCAUCUGCACAGGUUUGUACAGAGUCAGGAGGCCACUCACCAUGCUCUCCCACAAUCCCGGGGCCACAUUACUUUGAAGGUGCCUACUUUCCUGACAGCAGUGCAGUAGACCCAGAUUACUAUUUCUCAACAGUCAGCUCCAGUUUCUCUCUGUCUCCUCUCUUCAUUGGGGCAGGAGAAAGUGAGGUUGAAGUGCCUGUUGAUCUGCUCAGGCAGCUCCAUGGCUUGGUGCAGAAGUUUGUUUCAGACUCCUUCUUGAAAACCCUGGAUGCUACAUUGACUGAAGUUGCAGAGUCCAAUCCUGGAGUCAACCUCUACUACAAAACUGUCAGUGAUCCUCUCUAUGUGUGUGUGUUCAAAAUGCUGAGGGACACACUGUACUACAUGAAAGCCUUACAGCCAUCAUUUGUGCGUGAAGUGCAUGACUUUGUGCUGGAACAGUUUAGCAGCAGUCAGUCAGAACUGCAGAGGGUACUUCAUGACACAGGUGGUUUGCCAGGGGAACAGAGUCCCCUCAAGCUUCGUUGCCAAGCCAAUGCUGCCUGUGUGGAUCUAAUGGUGUGGGCAGUGAAAGAUGAGCAAGGAGCAGAAAAUUUGUGCACCAAACUGUCAGAGAAGCUACAGUCGAAAACCUCUAGUAAAAUCAUCAUCGCUCACAUGCCACUGCUCAUCUGCUGUCUGCAGGGUCUGGGCCGUCUGUGUGAGAGGUUUCCAGUAGUGGCUCACUCUACCACAGCCUCUCUCAGGGAUUUCCUGGUGGUUCCUUCCCCUGUUCUUAUAAAACUCUACAAAUAUCACAGCCAGUAUAGCACAGGCACAGGGGACAUCAGGAUCAAUGUCACCAAUGAGCAUUCGCAAUCCACUUUUAAUGUCCUGCCAAAUAGGAAAGACCAGCCGUCCAUGUACGAGCAGCUCAGAGACAUUUCUAUUGACAACAUCUGCAGAUGUUUAAAAGCUGGUCUAAACAUGGACCCUGUGAUAGUGGAUGCCUUUCUGGCUAGCCUGUCUAAUCGACUGUACAUUUCACAGGAGAAUGAAAAGGAUGCCCAUCUUAUCCCAGAUCACACCAUUCGAGCACUGGGGCACAUUGCAGUGGCUCUGAGAGAUACCCCAAAAGUGAUGGAACACAUCCUACAAAUCCUUCAACAAAAAUUCUGUCAGCCCCCUUCGCAGCUUGAUGUACUCAUCAUAGAUCAGCUUGGUUGCAUGGUCAUUACAGGAAAUCAAUAUAUCUAUCAGGAGGUGUGGAAUCUGUUCCAGCAGAUUAGUGUGAAGGCCAGCUCUGUGGUGUACUCGGCAACCAAAGACUACAGAGAUCAUGGCUACAGGCAUUGCUCUUUGGCAGUGAUCAAUGCUUUGGCCAACAUUGCAGCCAACCUGCAGGGGGAGCAGCUUGUAGAUGAACUGAUGGUGAACCUUUUAGAAUUGUUUGUCCAACUGGGCCUGGAAGGAAAGAGAGCCAGUGAGAGGGCCUCAGACAAGGGACCAGCGCUUAAGGCAUCAAGUAGUGCUGGAAAUCUUGGCGUCCUCAUUCCAGUGAUUGCUGUUUUGACCAGACGACUUCCACCAAUCAAAGAGGCCAAGCCACGGCUCCAGAAGCUAUUCCGGGACUUCUGGUUGUAUUCUGUGGUCAUGGGUUUUGCUGUGGAAGGAUCAGGUCUUUGGCCAGAGGAAUGGUAUGAAGGUGUGUGUGAAAUUGCCACCAAGUCUCCUCUUCUUACCUUUCCCAGUGGGGAACCGCUUCGCUCUGAACUACAGUACAACUCCGCUCUCAAAAAUGACACAGUUACACCAGCGGAAUUGAACGAGCUACGCUCAACUAUAAUCAAUCUCCUUGACCCAUCACCUGAAGGCACUGUGCUCAUCAAUAAGUUAGACUUUGCCAUGUCCACAUACUUGCUUUCGGUCUACAGAUUAGAAUACAUGAGGAUGCUGCGGUCCAAUGAUCCUGAUAGGUUUCAGGUCAUGUUUCGAUACUUUGAAGACAAAGCCAUCCAGAAAGACAAAUCUGGUAUGAUGCAGUGCAUUAUUUGUGUUGGUGAUAAGGUGUUUGAUGUUUUCCUCCAGAUGAUGGCUGAGAAGCCGAAGACCAAAGAACAUGAAGAGGAAUUGGAGAGACAUGCCCAGUUUUUAUUGGUCAACUUUAACCACACCCACAAGCGGAUCCGCAGAGUGGCUGACAAAUACCUGUCUGGACUGGCUGAGACUUUCCCCCAACUGCUUUGGAGUGGUCGUGUGCUGAAAACCAUGUUGGAUAUCCUGCAGACACUGUCCCUGUCACUCAGUGCUGACAUUCACAAAGAUCAGCCGUAUUAUGACAUUCCUGACACACCCUACAGGAUCACUGCUCCUGAUACAUAUGAAGCUCGAGAGAGCAUAGUGAAGGACUUUGCUGCUCGCUGUGGUGAGAUUCUGAAGGAGGCAAUGAAGUGGGCUCCGUCUGUCACAAAAUCCCACCUUCAGGAGUACUUGAACAAGCACCAGAUUUGGGUGUCAGGACUGUCUCAACACACAGGCCUGGCAAUGGCCACAGAGAGCAUACUUGACUUUGCAGGCUACAACAGACAGAGUACUACACUAGGCGCUGCUUUCCCACAGACCACCCAGCUGACUGGGAGGCCAGCGUGUGUAAAGAAGGACUACUCCAACUUCAUGGCAUCUCUCAAUUUGCGUAACCGUUACACUGGCGAGGUGGCUGGUAUGAUCCAGUUCUCUGAGGCGACCCAUAGUCAGUCAGACCUUAGUAAGAUGAUGAUUAAUCAGAUGACCAUUGCUCUGGACAAAAAAGACCCAGAGGCUUUCACCCAGGCCAUGUUCAAGAUGGCUGCACUGCUUAUAACUACCAAAAAUUGUGACCCGCAGCUGCUGCACAAUCUAUGCUGGUCCCCUCUGAAGAUGUUUACCGAACACGGUAUGGAGACAGCUAUUGCCUGCUGGGAAUGGCUCCUGGCCGCACACAACAGGGUGGAAGUGCCAUUCAUGCGUGAGAUGGCAGGGGCUUGGCAGAUGUCAGUAGAGCUGAAGAUGGGUUUGUUUUCCGAGGCCAAAGUAGAGACUGGGCCACUGGCUGUCUCAGAAGAGAGCCAGCCUGCACCCUGUCCACCAGAUGUCACCCCGCACUUCCUCUGGAUAGAGUUUCUAGUGCAGAGGUUUGAGAUAGCUAAGUACAGCAGCGUUGAUCAGGUGGAGAUUUUCACCACCAUCCUUCAGAGGUCUUUGUCUUUGAAUGUUGGAGGAGCCACAAGCAGCCUCAAUAGGCAUGUUGCUGCCAUCGGACCACGAUUUAGGCUGUUGACCUUGGGUCUGACUCUUCUACAUGCUGACGUUGUAACGAAUGCCACCAUCAGAAAUGUGUUGCGAGAGAAGAUCUACUCCACAGCGUUUGACUACUUUAGUGUCACUCCCAAAUUUCCCACUCAGACAGAUAAGAGGUUGAGAGAAGACAUCUCUCUAAUGAUAAAGUUCUAUGCCAACCUGCUGUCUGACAAGAAGUAUCUGGCUGCCAGCCACCUGGUUCCCCCAGAUCCUCAGGACAUGUCAAUGAACAGCCUGUCUGUAGUGGCAGUGACAGACAGCCGCAGCAGUCUUGAUGCUGCAGUGGGCCAGAGGCAGCAGGUGGCUCAGGGGUGGAUCAACACUUACCCCCUGUCCUCUGGCAUGUCCACAAUAUCCAAGAAAUCAGGACUAUCAAAAAAAAGCAACAGAGGCUCUCAGUUACACAAGUACUACAUGAAGCGCAGGACUCUAUUACUGGCUUUAUUGGCGAGUGAAAUUGAGCGGCUGACAACAUGGUAUAAUCCACUAUCCACUCAGGAACUUACUAUUGCCACUGAGCAGUCAGUCGAGACCAGCAUUAACAACUGGAGAUCCAAAUACAUCAGUCUGACUGAGAAACAAUGGAAAGACAAUGUCAAUCUGGCAUGGAGCAUCGCACCUUACCUAGCCCUGCAGCUGCCAGCCAGAUUCAAAAAUACAGAAGCUAUUGUUUUAGAAGUGACUCGCCUUGUGCGUAUGGAUCCAGCCGCUGUAUGUAACGUUCCUGAAGCAGUCAAGUUCUUGGUAACGUGGCACACAAUUGAUGCUGACUCUCCAGAGCUGAGUCAUAUCUUAUGCUGGGCACCGGCUGAUCCCCCCACUGGGCUGUCGUACUUCUCCUCCCUGUACCCUCCACACCCCCUCACUGCUCAGUAUGGUGUCAAAGUUCUCCGCUCUUUUCCUCCUGAUGCCAUUUUGUUUUACAUCCCUCAAAUAGUCCAAGCACUUCGUUAUGACAAGAUGGGCUAUGUGAGAGCGUACAUUUUGUGGGCAGCUCAGAAGUCUCAGUUGCUGGCCCAUCAGUUCAUCUGGAACAUGAAGACCAACAUCUACCUGGAUGAAGAAGGCCAUCAGAAAGACCCUGACAUAGGUGAGCUGUUGGAACAGAUGGUGGAGGAGAUCACCGGAUCACUUUCUGGGCCAGCCAAGGACUUUUACCAAAGAGAAUUUGACUUUUUCAACAAGAUCACAAACGUGUCUGCGAUUAUCAAACCUUUUCCCAAAGGAGAGGAGAGGAAGCGGGCCUGCCUACAAGCCAUGUCAGAGAUUAAAGUCCAACCUGGCUGUUAUCUUCCCAGUAACCCAGAGGCUAUAGUUUUAGAUAUCGACUACAAGUCUGGGACCCCAAUGCAGAGUGCUGCCAAAGCUCCUUACUUGGCCAAAUUUAAAGUCCAGAGGUGUGGCGUGAGUGAGCUGGAAAAAGAAGGUCUGCGUUGCCGCUCAGAUUCUCUGGAUGAGUCAAAGAGUGAAGAGGAGGCAAAGAGAAUCUGCUGGCAGGCAGCCAUCUUUAAAGUGGGAGACGACUGUCGACAGGACAUGCUGGCUCUUCAGAUCAUCAGCUUAUUUAAAAACAUCUUCCAGCUCGUGGGCUUGGAUCUCUAUGUGUUCCCCUACCGGGUGGUUGCCACAGCUCCGGGAUGUGGAGUCAUUGAAUGCAUCCCAGACUGUAAGUCUCGUGACCAGCUGGGACGGCAGACAGACUUUGGGAUGUACGACUACUUCAGGAACCAGUAUGGGGAUGAAUCCACGCUGGCAUUCCAGAAGGCACGAUACAACUUCAUCCGCAGUAUGGCAGCGUACAGUUUACUGCUCUUCCUGCUGCAGAUAAAAGACAGACACAACGGCAACAUCAUGUUGGACAGCCAGGGCCACAUCAUCCACAUCGAUUUUGGGUUCAUGUUUGAAAGUUCUCCUGGUGGAAACCUUGGCUGGGAGCCAGAUAUCAAGCUAACCGAUGAGAUGGUGAUGAUAAUGGGCGGCAAGAUGGAGGCGACACCCUUCAAAUGGUUCAUGGAGAUGUGUGUGAGAGGAUACCUGGCUGUCAGGCCCUACAUGGAAGGAGUGGUUUCCUUGGUAACCCUCAUGCUGGAUACUGGUCUUCCCUGCUUCAGGGGACAGACGAUCAAACUGCUCAAGCAGAGAUUCAAUCCAGGUUUGAGCGAAAAAGAGGCAGCUUCCUUCAUCAUCAAAGUCAUCCAAAACUGCUUCCUGAGCAACAGGAGUCGAACGUAUGACAUGAUCCAGUAUUACCAAAAUCAGAUCCCAUACUAAAUGUUUGUGCUUCGGCAAGUGCGUAUAUUGGCUGGUUUUUGUGAGCGCGAGUUAAAAUGUUCAAUGUUGAACACCGUGGCUCCUUGUUAUUGCCGACUGUUGGGAAUUGCCCAUCAUUUCCUCUCAGCUAUUCAUUUCCUUUGUUGGAUAUUGAUUGUUGAUGUUAUAUUUAUUUCAUUAUAUUGGAACCAACAUUGAUAUCUUCUUGCACUAGCAUCUUCAUUUGUGUGCACACAGCUGUUGGUGAUCUGCACGUUCACUGAAUAAAUAUUUUGUGGGAUUUUGUGCCAAUUUCUAAAUGACUUGCAGUUUCUGUGAAUGUGCGUUUUUAAAGUUGUUGAUUUUAGAUGGGGGUUGUAACGUAAUUAGACACUUGAUGUAGCUAACGUAUAUUGAAGUCCGUUCUGACCGCCGUGGCCUAUGCUGUCACUUUGUACCGAGUACUUGAGUCCAGUAUUGUGCUACUUACUUAAACGGAGCGGUCUUUGCUCUGUGGCAUGGUACGCGUUAUCUGCUUGUAUCGUCAAGACUGAUUGUGUCCAUGUGGACUACACUGUCUUGUUUUGGUUUUGUGGGUUUCUGUGUUCGGAGAUACCACAAAUGAAACAAUAGACACAAACUCUGGAACAGACUGGGGUGAAGUUUUGUAUAUUUAGCAUUGCCAAAGGGGAGGGAGGGGGGACAUUGCAGAUGAAGAAAACCAUUUUUUUUUAAAUAUUUUUUGAAGAUGAAGGUAAGAUGCAGCUUGAGCGUUGGACACUUGCAUGAAGUUAGAUUUCACUACCAUAUAGCCUUUAUCAAAUGUGGCUUUUUGUGAAAGUUAUUUCAGUAAUCCCAAGUACUGUGCAUCAUGUUCAUAUGGGUAAAAUAUUGUACCAUUAAUGUGUAAAGCUUUUACCUCUCUUUGUAUAUUUAUAUCAUGAUCCAUUUCUGUCUCCUUUUCUACCAGAAUGCCUUUUGAAUGAGAAUGCACAGGAUAUAAAAUCAAAUAAAGAUCUAUUAAUUUAAA